AUGUUUUUCGUGAAUACCGUGAAAAGGAAGUACGGAAGACAAGUAAGCAGCUGGGUUAAAUCACUGCUGAAAACGGCAAUUAAGAUGGCGAAAGCAAAAAACCGAUUGAAGUUCAUGCUCAAUUGUCGAAGAUGCAAACUAGUUCCAAAUUGCCUAAACUAUAAGCUCAGUUUGAACCUGGUGAACCCUGUUUCCGUGGCCAAACUGAACAAGCUAGUCCACAAACAGAAAAUCAAACUGAUUAGUGUGACAAUCCAGGACACAAAAAGGACGCUCCAACGACUGAAGAAAACGAAGCAGUACCUGAAAAGGAAGGUCGAAGAAACUACGAGCGUCGAGGACUGGCAAUACGUGUUGCAAAUGGUGGAAAAAAGUGCAAGAAACACGUACACGAAGACGAAAACGGUAGAGACAAGAAAACUGGAAGCGCUAAAGAUGGAGAAAGUUCGGAGUCAACAUCGGAAUCGCGAAUGGAUCGAAAACACAACAAUGGAAGAAUUACCGGACUUCGUGGAGAGAACCCUUCUUCUCGGUCCCAACUUCAACAUCCAAAACAGAAGAACGAUUCCGUACGUAAGGUUCGUGGCCGACGUCGAAACAGCGAUAAAGAGAAAACCCGAAGCAGAAGAAAUUAGAGGCGAAGUUUCAACGAUCAUGUCGAACUACGUCAACUACCAACGACAGCCAAAGACGAAGGAGAACGAGUGGAUACUCAAGGAGAUCAUAAGGACCCGAAAGUUCCUGAACGAGCAUCCCGAUCUGUACGUAACAAGGGCAGACAAAGGCAACAAAACCGUGGUAUUGUCUGCUACGGAAUAUCGUGAAAAAAUGGCGGAAAUGGUGAGUGACACGAACACGUACAAACCGUUGAACGAAAACCCUACGAACCGUACCUUGAAGAAACUCAACACGAUCAUCGAGGAAUGGUGGAAGGACGAAAUCUUGGGAAACGUCGUGGGUAAAACGCAGUACCAUGUGCGCAACAGCUUCGAUUUUGCUAAUGAAAUUUCGCACGUGGUCGUCCCAGAUGGUUGCAUCAUGUACUCGCUGGACGUGGUAUCCCUCUACACCAACGUCCCGGUCGAAAAAGUAUACCAACUAGUGGAAGCAAAAUGGAAAGAAAUACAAGAAUACACCACAAUUUCAUGGGACAGAGUCAAACAUGCCAUGAAAACUGUCCUGGAAGCAUCGUUUUUCCAGUAUGACGGGAAAUUCUACUGCCAAACAACGGGGGUCCCCAUGGGAUCCCCCCUUUCUCCAGUAGUGGCGAACCUCAUCAUGGAGAAGGUAGAACAGGAGGCCAUAACACAACUAGAGGAGAAAAACAUCACCCUGUCCAUAUACAGACGGUACGUCGACGACUGCUUCAUUGUUGGGAGAAGAGAAGAUGUGGAGAAAGUGGUGGAGCAGUUCAACGUCAUCGACGAGAAGCUACAGUUCACCGUGGAGGAAGAAAUGGAUGAGGCACUUCGGUUCCUGGAUCUCACACUCUCGCGAAGUGGUGAGAGGAUUCGGAAAAUGUGGUUCCCGAAGCAGAAAGAUGGUCGCUAUCUAGACUACCACUCGGAGAGCCCGCAUACUCACAAGGUAAACACGAUGAUCGCACUCAUCGAUCGGGCACUCAAGCUCACGGACCCAGAUCGAAGGAGGGGGGAAAGCAUUGGAAUGAACGAAGAGAAAAAAGAGGAAUCGAAAAAGUACGUGUCCAUCCCAUACAUCCCGGGUCUCAGUGAGAAGGUGAGCAAAACGCUGAAACAGCACGAAAUCACAGCUUCAUUCAAGCCAUGUGAUAAGGUGAAAAACACGGUUUUCACCAAGCUCAAAGAUGCCAUACCACCAAUGAAGCAAACAAAUGUGGUAUAUUCAAUCCCUUGUGGGGCGUGCGAGGAAAAAGAGUACAUUGGACAAACGUCACAAACUCUAGACAAGCGCAUUGCGCAACACCGAAACUCAAUACGCACCAAAGCAUCAGCUACGGGACUCACCCAACACGCGGUCGAAAACGGUCAUCACUUUGACUUCUCCAGAACUCGCAUUCUGGAGAGAAUCGACAACUACGCGAGUAGGCUAACAGCCGAGGUGAUCCACAUAAAAGUAAAGAAAGACACGACGGUAAACUUGCAGCGUGACGUAGACGGAUUCUCCAACACAUACAACAAUUUAAUUAAUAAACUGAAAGACGAGCAACAGCGAACCGAACGACGACACAGAGAAGUAGGCUAA